AUCGUUGUUGCCCCGGCCCACUUUUGUCUACGAUGACGGUUGAAGACAAGAGCUGGCUGGGAAUCUGUCUCCAUUGAAACGCCAAAUCCAAUUCAUUUUGCUAUGAAAGAGGUUCAUAUGAUCAAAAGCCAGUCCCUUGGUGUCAGGGUGAUAUCCGAGAUGCUGAAAGCAAGCUUGACAUUGCCACUCCAUCAUUGCUGAGUGACAUGACUUCUGAAGUCAGAAUUGGUUGAGGGGUUUUUUUGGUUCGCGGUGCCACCUCUCUACCCACUGACAAAGAAAGAUUCCUUUAUCCCACAAGAUGACGAAGAGGCUGCUUUGUCUGAUUCGUCGUACAAUGAGCGUUGCUCGACUCCAUGGAACUAACACUCUUUGACCCUACCCAGUGAGUAUGCCUGUGGUUUGUUUGAGCAGAUACAAAGUCCGCGCUCUCGCCCUCUACAUCCUUCACAUGGUCAUGAUGUGAUGACGAACUUCUUUUCCUCAGUGGUAUAUAUCAUAUAUCGACAAAGGGUAUUUGAUCGACCAUGAUGGACGGAUCUCUAAGCCUCCUGUACACCACCCGGGAGGUGCAGCUCAAUGGUAUCUUUCGAGGUUGCCUUUGUAUGCCUGUGUGGUCUCUGGCUAGCAUUGUACGUAUUAAUGUCCUAGAAUAUCUCGAUGCAAUAGAUUUCCGGCGUCAAAUCCUCUUUCUUCGACAUGGCAGACAAGGCUCUCGGUAGAAUCACCCGAGACCGUUAGCUUCAUGACAAGACCCUCCUUUUUCUUUCUCAGAACAACGAUCUCCUUUUUCCACCAUCGACAAUGCUGAAAGACAAACGGACAAUUCACACAAUGUCAGUGAAUGACAAAGCUACAUUGUAUGGCCUUGUUUACUUACUGCCUCACCAACGAGGCGGUGAUUCAAAAGGACUCGGCUUGGCGUUUCUGUCGUUUGUAUAUUUAAUUAUCGCACCAGAGUUCACGUUUGAUGUCGGAAUCUUGUGAAUAAAUUCCUUGACAACAAACACAUCAAGCUCACUUCAGCUCGCUUCUAGUAUAGGGUAAACAUGGCUCACACUACAGACGAACUUGCGGUGGCGGAUGCGUUGUUGUUACUAUCACAGGGACCGCCGGAUUUUGACUUUGGCGAGAACGAAGAAACUGACGAGGAGACGGAGAUGCGAGACGCCGCAAGAAUUCUCGUCAGCAUGAAGGACGAUGAUCCAAUACCAACAGCACCAACAGCCGCCGCCUCAACGGCACCAGUCACAUGGUUCUCUGUACUCCUACAACACCGGCCCUUGAGUACCUUUGUGCAACUUGCCCUGACCACCUCCACCCUCGACGAGAAGGCCGAACUGAAGGUGCAAGCCGUUCUGGGCGUCAUGACGAGUCGCAGAUGCGUACAAGAGGCAAUGUGGUAUCUGGAUGCCAACAAAUGGGACGUACAAGAUGCGAUCAAGCAGUACCAAGCCGAUGAGUUGCAACGAUCAGCCGCUCCCUGCGCGACAUACGGACAAUUGAACCGGCAAGCGAAGACGGUGACGGCGGAGAAUUUCACAUCCGACAUGCUCACCUUUACGAUCCCCGGGCCGGCGCGGUCGGGACGAAAGCGCGUCGUACGGUUCCCGGGCUGGGAGACGUUCGACGAUGGCGACACGGGACAAUUGCGGGCGUUGAACCAGUGGAGAAACGACGCGUCGAGGAUCUACGAGGGUCCCCCGGCGGUCGCGGCUCACCUCAAGAGAACCCGGUACUCCGAGCAUGAAGACCGCCUCAUCCGCAACAUGUUUGGCCAGAAGAUCGACCACUUUCGGAGCGGCGGCCGGCCGAAUCACAACAAGAUGAUCGCCUUCUACCACCAGACCUUCCAGGGUCGUUACCUCCCCGGGGAGGUCAAGCCGUGUCAGGAUCGCCAGGGCAAUUUCGUCUCGUCGCACCUCCAGCGCAAGUUCAAGCGGAAACCCACGGACGAGGGUGGGAGGCCCCUGGGCAACUACGAGACCGCGGUCAUGAUCCAGGAGGUGCGGCGGGAAGAACAGAGAGACUACGAGGCUCGGAGAAUGAUCGAUGAUGAUGAUGAUCCCGACGAGAGCGAGCUGUCGUCUCUGGACGAGAUGGAUCUUGAUUGA